AUGGGUGGACUCGCUUCUAAACUUAUGUUCAAACGGAGAGAGGUCCGUAUAUUAAUGCUCGGGCUUGACAAUGCAGGAAAAACAACCAUAUUAUACAAACUUAAACUCGGAAAGACAGAGGAAACUGUCCCGACUGUUGGUUUCAAUGUGGAAACAAUCAGAUAUAAACGGAUGAUCAUGAAUACGUGGGAUGUUGGUGGACAAGAAAGAAUAAGAGCCCUUUGGAGACAUUACUUCUCUGGUACGGAUGCAUUGAUUUACGUUAUCGAUUGUGCAGAUAUUAAACGGUUUGAUGAUGCAAAGAAAGAGCUUUACCGUGUGAUUGAUGAUAAGGAGUUGAGUGGAUGCUUAGUGGCUGUUUUGGCUAACAAGCAGGAUGUGGAAGGUGCGAUCAACCCAAAAGAGGUAAUAGAGCGUUUAGAUUUGGGCAAGCUUGAAAAUCACGAGUGGUGUGUCAUCCCUACAGUUGCAGUCAAGGGAAUAGGGCUAACGGAAAUGCUCAGCUGGAUCUCGAGCCAUAUUCCAAAGAGGAAGUGA